CUACCAACACCAAUCCCAGCUCUCUUCAAAACACAAAUACAGAUUACACAGACACCAGUACAAGUAGUAAUACUACAAACUCUGUACUAACUACAAAUAAGCCUCCUGACACUAAUACAGUACCCAGGCCCAAUACACCUACCAAUCAAAUUACCCAGCCUAUACUCUUAGCACCAAGCUCUAGUUAUACCCCAGCAGCUUCAAAUUUUAAAGUUAAUUGCAAAAGACCUAGAGUUCUUUAUAACAUAUCUCCACUUGCA